AUGGCUGAUCUAUCAACAACUCCUCCAUUAACUCGUGAGUCAGUCAUCGAAGCUCACAAACUCAUCGGCUCAUAUGUCCACUUCACGCCCGUCCUGACCAACCAGACUAUCACGAAACUAGCUUCAACCCCUCGCACAGCGGAGGAACUCGAAGGGACUCGUUACGCUGGUAGAACGCCGGCCCGACCGGUGCUAAGACUCUGGUUCAAAUGCGAGAAUUUGCAACGCAUUGGCGCUUUCAAAGCGAGAGGUGCUUUUCAUGCCAUCGAGAGGCUGAAGAAAGAACCAGGAUGGCUAGAGGGAGGGGGCAAGGAGAAAGGAGUCGUGACACACAGUUCUGGAAAUCAUGCUCAAGCACUAGCCCUUGCGGCUCGAGAGAGUGGCAUCAAAGCCCACAUUGUCAUGCCUGAGAUUUCCAACCCCAAGAAGAUCGCCGGAACAAAAGGCUACGGUGCUCGUGUUAUCUUUAGCGGGAGCACAUCCACUGAACGCGAAGCAAUGGCCGCAAAAGUUAUCGCUGAGACAGGCGCUCGACUUGUGCCGCCCUAUGACCACCCGGAUAUUCUCCUUGGACAAGGCACCCUCGGGCUAGAAUUCCAACAGCAAGUUUCUGAAUUGAUGACUGCUGAUGUCGUCGUCGACGGGCAGAGGAGACUUUUCCGGGCACCGGUUACAGGGCGGGACAACGAGGCGCCGAGGACCAAGAAGGAGAAACCUGGCUUGGACGCUAUCAUGACCCCUUGCGGUGGCGGUGGUAUGCUCUCAGGUGUUGCUCUGAGCUGUGAAGGCACUGGAAUUCGAGUUUUUGGCUCGGAGCCAUCGUUUGAGGGUGCAGAUGAUGCAAAGCGUGGAUUCGAGUCUGGCACACGAAUCACAACAGUCAAGACUCUUACAGUUGCUGAUGGACUGCGCACCCCUGUGGGUGAGCACCCUUGGUCAGUCAUAUAUGGUCGCCGCUUGGUAUCGGGCAUGUACAGCGUCACUGAGGAAGAGAUCCUGGCGGCUAUGAAGCUGGUGUUUGAGCGGUUCAAACUGGUUGUGGAGCCCAGUGCUUGCGUCCCGCUGGCAGUAGCGCUGUUUGAUGAGGAUUUCAGAUCAAUGGUAGAGCGAGAAGCUGGCGAAGAGGGUUGGGACCUCGGACUGGUGUUCAGUGGCGGUAAUAUUGGUCUUGAUGCUGUUGGCAAGCUCUUCGAAGGUAACAAGUAA